AUGUCCAAUUUGAAUCAAAUCGAUUGGUUUGAUCCAUUUGAGGUCGAAGGCUAUCCAUACCAACCUGUACCCCUCCUUGUGAGCAGCCUGCAGGACGUGUGCAUCGUUCAGAUCGCCUGUGGAGAUGCCCACACCGUGGCACUCUCGCGGGAGGGCUUGCUCUACAGCUGGGGUGGUGGUGGCUGUGGGCAAUUGGGCCACUCAGAGACCUCGAAGAUGCCCAAAGACGAGGACGGUUGUCCCUAUCAGCUGACCCCUCGGGUCGUGGAGCACUUGCGGCCGCAUGUGGUCUCCUCGGUGGCGUGUGGAAAGGCGCACACCAUUGCGGUCUCCCAGCGGGGGCGGAUGUUCACCUGGGGAGCUGGCGCGUGCGGGCAGCUUGGUCAUCCAGACACAAGCAGCUUCCCAUCCGACGAAGAUGGCUACCCCUUCCAGCCUGUUCCCAGAGAAGUGGACCAUCUCAAGGAUUUCAAGGUGAUUGCAACGGCUUGCGGGGAUGUGCACACCUUGGCUUUGACGGAUGAUGGCUAUGUCUACUCCUUUGGAGGUGGUUCCUAUGGCCAGCUCGGGGUCAAGGAUGUCCUUGCGAUGCCUGUUGAUGCUGAUAAUUGCCCUUACAUGCCAACCCCACAGUUGGUCUUUGGGUUGGAGGGCAUCGUUCGCCUGGCUUGCGGCGAUUCGCACUCCUUGACGAUUGACCGGGACGGGCGCCUCUAUUGUUGGGGAGCCAACUCCUGUGGCCAGCUCGGGAUCAUGAAUCCCGAUGACCCCCGAAUACGGAAGGAUCCCGACGGGAUCCCGCACUUGCCUACACCUGCCAUUGUGGAAGCUCUCGCAGACCAGAGGAUUGUUGACAUUGCUUGUGGGGAGGUCAGCAGCCGGGAUGGUCAUUUGAUGUGCCGCAACACCAAUACGUCCGCGAAUUUCGUGGCGCUGACGCCGCUCUACUUCUUGGAGCGCGCUGCGGAGGUGUUCCCUGACAGGCUGGCGAUCAUUCAUGGACCUGUGAGGACGAAGCGAGGGGGUUCUGGGAGAACAUGGUCGGAGGUCUACGCUCGGAGUCGGCAAUUGUGCUCUGCACUGAAGAAACGUGGGAUUGGCAGAGGAGACGUAGUCUCGGUGCUUUUGAACAACUCUCCAGAGCACAUCGAGGCGCACUUCGGCAUCCCAAUGACUGGUGCCGUGUUGAACCCUUUGAACUAUCGACUGGACUCGCGGACCUUGAACUUUAUGCUCUCCCAUGCGGAGGGGAAGAUCCUGAUCGUGGACCGUGAGUAUAGCAAAUUAGUGAAGGGAGUCUUGGAGGCCUGGCCGCCGGAGAAGCGCCCCUUCGUGGUGGACGUCGAUGACCCACAGUGCAAAGAGAACGGGCCAUUGAUUGGAGCCAUGAAUUAUGAGCAACUUUUGGCCGAAGGAGACCCGUUAGCACCCUGGGAGCCUCCAGCAGAUGAAUGGGACACCUUGUCCCUGUGCUACACCAGUGGUACCACAGCAGACCCUAAAGGUGUUUUGCUGCAUCACCGUGGAGCGUAUUUGAAGAGUGUGCAUUUGAUCGUGAAGUGGCCAUUGCACCGACAUUCCGUCUACCUAUGGACUGUGCCCAUUUUCCAUUUGAACGGCUGGUUUUUCCCCUACGCGGUGGCAGCUGUCGCGGGCGUCAAUGUGUGCCUUCGAAAAGUGGUGGCCAAUGACAUUUUUGCGGCAGUGAAGGAGCACAAGGUCACGCAUAUUUGUGGUGCUCCGAUAGUGAUGAGCACCAUGCUACAGUAUUCAGGUUCCAAGAACUGGGACCAAGAACUGAAGUUCAUGACCAGCGCAGCUGCUCCCCCCGCCCCAGUCUUGGCGCGCAUGGCAGACUAUGGCAUCGAAGUGAGCCAUGUCUAUGGAUUGACGGAGGCAUAUGGUACAGGUGUGAUGUGCGAAGAAUGGAAGGAUGAAUGGAAUGCCAAGACGUUGGACGAAAAGGCGGCACUCCUGGCGCGCCAGGGCGUUCGAUGCUUGGAGCUAGAGUACUUGGAGGUCAUCGAUCCAACGACCCGCAAGCCCGUGCCUCGAGAUGGGCAAACGAUUGGCGAAAUCGUCAUGAGCGGCAAUACCAUUAUGAAAGGAUAUUUCAAGAAUCCAGAGGCCACUGCCAAGGAGUUCAAAGGUGGCGUCUUCAACACUGGAGACCUGGGCGUGAGAUACCCUGAUGGCUACAUCCAGUUGAAAGAUCGAUCGAAGGACAUUAUCAUUUCUGGUGGAGAGAACAUUUCUUCGCUGGAAGUGGAGAGCAUCAUGAUGAAACAUGAGAAGAUCGCUGAAGUGGCCGUGGUGGCAAGGCCUGACGAGAAGUGGGGCGAGACCCCGGUGGCCUGGAUCGUCUGCCGAGAUGGCCAAACACUCACAGAUGAGGCAUGUGGCUGCUCUGCACCGGAGCUCAUGGUACUGCCCAUCAGUGAGAUCCUGAUUUGGGAUUCAACUACCACCACUGGCGGGUGGAAGUUUGCAGACUCUUGGUGUGAGGCUGUUGCACUCUUGAGAUUGCAGAACUUGAGCGGUCCCGCUUGCAUGCUCAUUUGCAUCCUAGUGGCGCGCUAUAUGGUGCCGCGGACCUUCGUGUUUGAGAGCCUCGAGGGCGUCAAGACGCUUGACGACCCCAACGGGCAAGAUCCAGAAGCAGGCCGACCCGGUCGAGCACCGGUGGUGCUGAGACAAAAAGCCAAAGACUUGGACAAGAAGUCCUUCACCAUCGUUUCCGCCGACGAUGUCCUGGUCAUUGGGACGCCAGACAAGAUCUUCACCUCCCAGCGGGAUCAUUUGAACCUACAGCUUUUGAAAGGAACUCGACAGGUUGUGAAGGGAUGCCAGUGGAUAGUGAUGGCUAUCCCUACCAGUCUGAAGCUUAGCGAAGCUCGCAGUGUUGAAGGUGGCGUGCGGUGGAGUGCGGAAGCUGAGGGGGCUUCAACGCCCGGGCGACCGGAUCACCGCACCUGGUGGCGAAAGUCCGACAUCUCCAGGAAAUUCUUGCGGCGACUCAAGAGCUGCAAAAGGCUGACAAGAAAAACAAAGGACAGAGUCAAGGUCCGAAAGCAGCUGCUCGAGAAGCACCACUCGAAGCCACGAUACGUGAUCCCAUUGCUGAGUGCGAUGACAUGGAAGAACAAGGGACAGAACAGUGGCCGAUGGAGCAACUGGAGUGGAGACUGGAAGACGACAGACAAGUCCGACAAGAAGAAAAAGGAAGAGCCACAAGGAAAAGGCAAAGCAAAUGCAGGACAAGUGACGAUCCUAGCAUACGAUGACCGCAGAGUUGUGGUGCCAGAAGGUGGUGGCAACGGUGGUUCGUCAUCGGCAUCAUCAUCUGGGCUACAGGAAGAGAAUCGACGCUUGAAAGAAGCGUUCCGAUCCAUCCUAGAUGGCACGGCAGACGAGAAGACGGAGGACGAGGUACGGGGACUCAUUGCGACAGAUCCCCGCGAAGCCUUACGCCAGCAACAGAAGGAGCUCAACAAGCAGAAGAAAGCUCUCACCAAGGCGGAGAAAGUUCGUGCUACUAUGGAGGAGAAAUCGGCCAAAUGGGCUCGAUGGAAGACAGGCUAUAUGAAGGGCCUGGAGAUGGAAGAGCAGCGAUACAAAGAAGAGAUGAAAGAGCUCGAAGCCGAACUCAAAGAAGUAGAGAAAGAGAAGGAGAAAGAAAAGGAUGGGACCAUGGAUCUCGAUUCCGAUGGUCACGAAGACGACUACAAGAGGAGUGUCGACGACGAGCUGAAGACCUUCCGUCAGCAAAUGGUACAGAUGUCAUCCUACGUCCAGUUGAUGGAGCAGAGGAAUCAAGACCUGACCACUCAGAUGCAGCAGUUGAUCACUGCAGUGAGAGAUGUCAAGCCGACAGAGCUGACAAGGGAAUCACCGCAAGUGGUCAAGCCGCCAACAAUGGCGAGGCUGGAUGGAGAAGACAGCCAAGACGAAGCGAAGGGAGAGAAAAGAUCAAGAUCGCGGUCCAGAACGCCUCGAGCUUUCGAACUCGAACUCCCGAGCCAUUUGGCUCCGGAGGCAGAAGGAUUCCUUCCUCUCAUUCAAGGAAUGGCAGAAGAGACUCAGGAUCAGAUGCUGGCAAUUCUCAAGGCGGAACCCGAGAAUUUUCAGAACUCGGAACAAGUCAAGCAGCUGAUUCAUGUGAUGACUGUGCAACAAUGUGCUGCACAGAUCGAAGUCAAGGAGGGAGGGAGCGACUCGAGCGACCCAGUCUUGCAGAUGAAAGCCAAUCAGAUCAAUGUGUUGAAGCCAUUUGGGAUGCCAAGGGAGCGCAAAGCUGUGAAAAGGGGAGCACUUCCCCUACCAGCGCCCAACAGAUCGGUGACGCCCAAGAAUGGCACAGAGAGGGCAAAGGAACUCAACGGGAUGUCGUGA